AUGGCCCUCAGGCGGCUGGUGUGCUGUGGCGUUGCCCAAGGUGCAGUUGACGCGCUCGACAAUGGCGGCGGCGCCCGCGACGCGCCGCGCACGGUCGGCGCUACGCCACAGCCGCCAGAGGGCCAGAAGCUUUCUCUUCCCAAGCGGCCGCCACCGCACGCGGCCGCGCGGCGCACGGCCGCAAGCACGCUCGCCACUGUGCGGGCGACGGCCGACUCGCCCUCCGAAAUGGAACUGCCGGCCAGCAGCGGCAGCCGUGCCAGCAAGGGCAGCGGCCGCUGGGGUGGCACCGCCGCAGCUGCCGCCGCCACUGCCGCGGCGGCUGUGAGCGCCGGCCAGCAGGCCUCUGGGGCCAGGCUGCGGCCGGGGGCCGCAGACGCCUGGGUCGUGGCAGGCGGCGGCCCUACGCCGACGCCGUUCAGCGCCGUGAGCGCCCAGCUGCUGGCGGGCACCCUGUUUGCCGGCCCCUCCCCCCUCACCGACCGCGCUCCCUCUCGGACGCGGUCCGCACCGGCGCCGCGGCAACAUGCGGCGGCGUCCUCAGGAGGUGGGCCCGGCGAUGAUGACGACGACAACAGCAGUGUUUUUGAGCUGCUCGCUGGGGACGGUGCCGAGGUUGCUGAGGCCGCUGCCUCCGGCGCCCCAAUCAGCAGCAGCAGCAGCGGCGGCGGCGGUGGGCCUGCCAGCUACAGCGCUUCUGCCUCGGCGCACAGCAUCCUGCAGCCGGUGGUGUCGAGCCCGGCGCUGCUGGCAGGCGCGGCCAGCGGCGGCAGCUUCGGAGCGUCGCUGCGCCCAGCCGCGCUGAUGCGGCACGCGACGUCGUUUGGUGCGCUGCGCCCCGCGGGCAGGCGGCCGGGCACCGCUGGCAGCGGCAGCGCAGGCGGCAGAGGUGGGGGUGGCGGCAGCGGCGGCGGCGACGGCAGCGCUCUGCCGCUGCCGCUGCCACGCCCGGCCAGCACCGGCGCCCUUCGGCGCCUAGGCACGGCCGGGGGUGCGGCGCGCCGCCAGGCCACAGAGGGCAGCCUGGCUUCAGCCUGCAGCAGCUCUGCCGGCACGUCCCUGCUGGCCGUCGCGCGCAGCCGCGCGUCAGCUGGCCGCCGGCCAGCGGCGACGGCGAGCAGCAGCGGCGGCACGUCCGGGACUGCAGUUUCGCCCGGCAGGGGCGGCAGCGGCUCAGCAGGCAGCCACGUCAGCGUCGACAGCCUGGACGGCGGCGCCGCCGGCCACGUUGCGCCGGCCGCCGCAGCGGCGGCUCUACCCCCGAGUGGCUGGCGCCUCGUCGUGCGGCGGCAGCGCUCUUCCAAGCAGCAGCAUCCUACCCAGCAGCCCGCCGCCGCGGCGGGCGCCCACGACGCAGCGGCGCAGCAAGCGCCUCCCGACCCGGCGUCGCCGUUGGGCGUGGCGGAGCGCUUUGCUCGGGAGUUCCUGGCUGCGCUGGAGCGCGGGGACCCGAAGUGGGCGUCCGCGCCGGCUGUGGCGGGGCUGUUUGAUGGGGAGGUGCGGCUGGUGGCGGUGGACAAGACCGUGCACGCGGGCAAGAUGGCGGCGCUGCGGCGCCUCAACGGCGGCAUGGAGCAGUUUGUGAAGAUGAUUGGCGCUUACAUAGACCGCGAACACUCCAGGGGCGAUGAGGACAAAGACAGCGGCGACGGCGAUGGCGACGGCGGUGGCGAGGAGGCAGCAUCAGGCACUGGGGGUGUCUCACGCCGGGACAGCGGCGCCAGCGGUGUCAGCCGCGCCAGCGGUGACGAGGCCGAGGGCCCCUCGUUGCGCGUCGGUUACGGCGCGGCGGGCCGCCGCCUUGCCAAGUGCCUGGCGCCGCCGACGCUGGAUGUGUCGCUGCCGGACCCGGUGGGGCGCCCCGCCUCGGUGGUGGUAUCUUAUGGCUUCAAGAUGGGCAUCCGCCGGUUCUCGUUCAAGGACCAGAUCGUCGUCAAGGGCGGCCUCAUAGUGCGGAUCAAGCGCGCAAUGUGA